CUGUAUAUCCUAACCUGGAGGCGACGGGGCUCCAGCGCAGGAUGUUCAGGAGGAGAGAGUCUCUCCAGCGCACCGAUGCGGCCAUUGGCCGAUCGCACUGACAGCUCGUCCGUUGAUUGGUUAGGAUCAGAAGCCCGACCCCUUUCACUCCAACUAGAGGACCAUUCAUAAACUAAACAAUUCCAGCACUCACGGCUGAGUCUGGGCAACUGCACAGUGGCGCACAGUUUUCAUGCGCAAACGCAAGUGAAAAAGAUGAUGACAUGACGAUCGGAGAUUUAUCCUACAGCUGAUACGGGCUUGGAGAACCAGCGCCCUCAAAACGUGUUCAAGUUGACUUGGAAAAGUAGAGUGGUAUUGCGUUGCAUCUCGAUCUGCUUCCUGCCUCAAACUUGACGUCCAUCCGCUGUGGGCGCAAACUUAAUCACUGCUUUUUUCUUCUUUUUUUGCUGGGAGUUGUGCCUCUGGCUUCACCGGUAAGCAUUGGAUCCAUCGGCGUAUUGCGAAACUCCGGUGUACAGUCCGGAUCUGUGCCCAAAUAUGAUCGCAACGCAGGCAAAGCUGGUUUACCAGCUUAAUAAAUAUCACAACGAGAGAUGCCAAGCGCGCAAAGCGGCCAUCGCCAAGACCAUUCGAGAGGUGUGUAAGGUGGUGUCGGAUGUGCUGAAGGAGGUGGAGGUCCAAGAGCCCCGUUUCAUCAGCUCGCUAAGCGAGAUAGACGCGCGCUACGAGGGCAUGGAGGUCAUCGCACCCAACGAGUUCGAGGUCGUGCUUUACCUGAACCAAAUGGGAGUCUUUAACUUCGUGGAUGACGGCUCGCUGCCGGGUUGCGCCGUGCUCAAACUCAGCGACGGCCGCAAGAGGAGCAUGUCUCUGUGGGUAGAGUUCAUCACCGCCUCCGGUUAUCUAUCUGCCAGAAAGAUCCGCUCCCGCUUCCAGACCCUGGUGGCUCAGGCCGUGGAUAAAUGCAGCUAUCGGGACGUGGUUAAAAUGGUGGCGGACACGAGCGAAGUGAAACUGCGCAUUCGGGAGAGGUACGUGGUGCAGAUCACCCCGGCCUUCAAGUGCACGGGCAUCUGGCCUAGGAGUGCCGCCCAAUGGCCCAUGCCUCACAUUCCGUGGCCCGGGCCGAACCGAGUGGCGGAGGUGAAAGCGGAGGGCUUUAACCUUCUCUCCAAAGAGUGCUACUCGUUAACGGGUAAACAGAGCUCGGCGGAGAGCGACGCAUGGGUCUUGCAGUUUGGCGAGGCCGAGAACAGGCUUCUGAUGUCUGGCUGCAGAAAGAAGUGUCUCUCUAUUCUAAAGACUCUCCGUGACCGACAUCUCGAGCUGCCGGGACAGCCGCUACAUAACUACCACAUGAAGACCCUGCUGCUGUACGAGUGCGAGAAACACCCGCGGGAGACCGACUGGGAUGAGUCGUGCCUGGGCGACCGUCUGAACGGUAUCCUUCUUCAGCUCAUCUCCUGUCUGCAGUGCCGCCGGUGCCCGCAUUACUUCUUACCCAAUCUAGACCUGUUUCAGGGUAGACCACACUCGGCCCUGGAGACAGCGGCCAAACAAACCUGGAGACUGGCGAGAGAAAUCCUCACUAAUGCGAAAAGUUUGGAUAAACUGUAAAAUGGUAAAUAAAAACUAAAGACAUUUUAUGUCGGUGAAAAUGAACGGGACGUUUGAGAUCACAACACUGAAAGUGGAGAGACUGUGAUCUUGGUGCUCUUAAAAUAAUGAAACCAAGAAUAAAUGAUUAAAAAGAUCGUAGGAAAAAGAUCCCGAAGCGUUUGCAUUUGUCAAGGCUCAAACGGGACUUUGCAAGAGACAGAAGGUACAUUUCAAGAUAAGUGUAAUGAUUUUGUUGUUUGUUUGAACUGUUUUCACAAAGUGAAAUUUUUAUUUAAAUAUAUGCACAAGAUCUUUAAAUGCGAAUUACAAAAUGUAGCGUGCCAAGUUCAAUUAUUUUCAUGAUGUGAUCGAAAAUUGAAACGUAAUAAAACCAUGACACGAUGAAAUUUAAACUUGGCAUUUGUCAUUACUGAAUUUGAAGACAAGCUUUUUUUUAAGCUAAGCUUUUGACGUUGAUGGGGUUGUAAUACAAGAGCGAACACAUAAAUACAUUCGUCUUCGUUGAUUAAAAAAACAAUUGUUGAAUUUAUAUCAGGGCAGUAUGUUUUGCUAUCAU